AAAUAAGCAUGAAUAAGGUGUCCAAAGAGAACUCGCCCAAGCCAAAAUCACGUGCCAAAAACAAGUCACAGUUUUAUGAGUGGAAAAAGAGCAAACUUGACUCACCAUAUACCUCAUAUUACAGAGGAAUUUAUAAGUUAAAAGAAGGACAGAAUAAGGUCGACCAAUUUAUGUUGAACAUUAAGGCUGCACAAGCUGAAUCGAAAAAGAAAUAAACUUACAGUCACCCAAACUAUGGAGAAGCAGCAGAAAGACCUGAUUAAGAGGUUUAAAUAAAAUCCAACUCGAGGAGAAUAAGGAAGAAAUUGAACAAGUAAGGGAUAUCAGAGGUAAAGCACGAAUCGAAACUGAUCUCAAGAAAAACUACAACAAAAUUUCGGAUGACAAAGGAAUAUUGCUGAACAAAUUGAUUUAUUCUAAAGACCCAAAUAUGAAUGUAGUAGUCGAUCAAAUUACAAAGUCAAAACUUAAACAGUCAAUAGAGGAUAACAUUAAGGAUGGACUUGAACUAGCAAAGAUGAUUAGCCUUGUAGACCAGAAUAAGUUACCUCCUACACAAGCCUCUGAGCCUUCUGAGAAAAAGCUGACAACCCUAGUGAAGGUGAUGUCAAAAGUCAAGAAUAAAUCCAAACUGAACUAUAAGAAUAUUAUCAAUAUUGAUUAUGACUCUAUGAGCUCACCUUAUCGUCCUAUAUCUGGGCCUGGACCUCUGACUACUAGAGGAAGCCUUACUCAUAGACUUGGAAGGGUAGAUAUUUUGAAAGACAAUGUUCUUGAAAUACUCACUCCCAAGGAUGCUCUCCCCAUUGGAGUGUUCAACCAAGAAAACAAAGACAUUGCAAGAGAAUUCAACUGCAGGACUGCUAAUGCUAGCAAGAAUCACAAAUUCAGUUUUGAAUUUGAAAUAAAUCCUCAGCCACCAACACCUGCUAAUGAAAAAGAUGGAAACUCGAGCUUAAUGACCAACUCAAGAAUCAAGCACAUUCUUAAGGAAAGAGCCAAGACUGAGAGAGGGAGGAUAAGACACUGUGAGAGCCUCAAAGAUUGCAAACAAGAGAAAAUCCUAAUAUCUCACCAUGAAGAAGCCACCUCAACUCCAAAAAGAGUUAAUUGGCAGGGGAAGCAGGUUAGCAAACGAAGUUCUAGCCAGUUCAAACUAGAUUCUCUGAUCGGUCAUGCUCUAAGAGAUAGUGAUACCAGAGUAAACAGAAUUUGUGAAAGACAAGCCAGAAUGGAGAUAAAAAGAGAGAACGAGAGCAAAGGAAUUCAUUUACACAAAGCCUUUAUCAAGAGCAAAAAGCAAAAGCUUAACAGACUCAGAACAGAAAAUGCAUCAGUUCCAACAAUCUUCAACAAAAUGUCCAAAAGCAGCUUCAAGAAUGGGAAAUUAGAUAAUUUGAAUUUCAUAAUCACAAAGCAAUACAAUGCAAUAAAGCGUGUGCAGACCACUUUCCGCUCAUCUAGGCGGUCUCCAUCGCUCCAGAACCCCAAGACAUCCAAAAGGAUGUUCAAGAAGCAUAAUCUCAUACUAUUCUAACCAGGACCACAUCAGCCUAUAUA